ACCUAAUUGUGGAGAGAACUCCAUGCAUGCGCAAUAGUAAUUCCUGUGUAUUUUUUGUGGGAUAACAGUGAGGGCCAGUACACCCCAAUUGAUCCCAUGUGUUGCUGGGGGUUUUUUUAGAAAAUUGUUUUUGUUUUUUCGAAAUUCAGAAAUAAUACAUAGCUAGAGCUAAAAUUAUGGAUACGCAUUAACUUCUUUUGAAAGAUUAUCAAACUCAUCUAUAGAAGUAACGAUAAUCUAUUUGCAGAAUGAGAUUAAUUUGUCUUCAAUACAGAUCUUCACUGUCGAACCAGGGCAUGAAGCUUGUUCCAAAGUUUCUCGUGACUGACAGAGUCGAAUGCUCCUUUGAAAUCCACAGAAAUAACAAAUAGGGCGAUGAGUUUUGAAAGUAAAGGAAAGAAAAGUAGAUUAGAUUUUUCUGAAGAUCGGAAAGUAGUACAUCCGCAAACAGUUUGACGGCGAAAUAGUGAGCUAAAUAUUGCUUUAAAUACAGGAAACAGCACGCAGCUACCAACACUGUACCACGUGGAUUCGUAAAAUAUUAUUCUUUUAUCAAUGACGGUUAUGCUGUAAAUAUUGUUAAUAGCGAAAUGAUUCAGCCAUUGAAUUUCAUUUCCAUGAUUGUUCAAACCUACAGAUUGCGUAAUCAAUGGAUAACCCAACUUACACGAAGCAAAGCUACGAAUAAUAAAAACUUGAUUGUGUUGGGUAUUGAGACAAGCUGUGAUGAUACUGGAUGUGGUAUUGUAGAUUCCAAAGGAACAAUUUUAGGAAAUGCUCUUUAUUCACAGCAUCUGUUACAUUUAAAGUAUGGCGGAAUUAUACCACCAAUUGCACAGGAUUUGCAUAUUAAAAAUAUUACUGAAUUGUGCGAAUGUGCUCUGAAGUCUGCAAACAUGAAGUUACAUAAUGUUGAUGCUGUUGCCGCUACAGUCAAACCGGGACUACCCUUAUCAUUAUCUGUAGGACGAAAUUUCGGAGUGCGGCUUUCGCUGAUUGGAAAUAAACCUUUCAUACCAAUACAUCAUAUGGAGGCUCAUGCAUUAGUCGCCCGAAUGACGCAACAGGUGGAUUUUCCAUACCUCGUGCUUUUAAUUUCUGGAGGACAUUGCUUACUCGCGAUUGUGCAAAAUGUUAGUUCUUUUUUUUUGCUGGGCACUACUAUUGAUGAUGCUCCUGGAGAGGCUUUUGACAAGAUCGCACGAAGGUUAAAGUUGAAAAACCUUAUUGACUUUUCGAAUUUAAAUGGUGGCCAAGCAAUUGAAAUCGCCGCUAGUCGAGCUGAAAGCCCAACACAAUUCAGUUUUGCAGCACCAUUAACUCAUUCCCUGGAUUGCAAUUUUAGUUUUUCGGGCCUAAAAACUACUGCUUUAAACUAUAUUUUAGAAUGUGAAAGAAAGUCUAGCAUAAUUGGAGACAAAGUCAUACCAAAUAUUUAUAACUUAUGUGCUAGCUAUCAAUUAGCUAUCACAAGGCAUAUAUGUCAACGGACACAAAGAGCUAUGGAAUUCAUCAACAGACAUGAGUUAUUACCAAAUGAUCAUCGAACACUGGUUAUAUCUGGUGGAGUCGCAUGUAAUGAUUUCAUUUUUAAAUGUCUGAAUUCAGUGUGUUCGGAAAUGGGAUUUGCAUGCAUUAGACCUCCUUCUAAGUUAUGUACAGACAAUGGUCUAAUGAUAGCAUGGAAUGGAAUGGAACGGUUGAUGACAAAUUCUGGAAUUCUGACAAAUAAGAAUGACAUAGCGAAUGUGGAUAUUGAAAAAAAAUCGCCUGUGGGAAAGGAUUGGACCAGUAGAGUACGAGAAGAAAAUAUAAAAUGUAAAUGGAUAAAAAUAAAGCUACAUAAGAACUGACUUAA